ACUUUCAUGGAUGCGGCACAUUAGCAUGAUAGCGGAAGUUCGAAAACUAUAUAAGACAUUCUUUGUUGUUCUGUUGAUUGUAAAUUCUGAAAUGGGAAAUUUCGCCACCGUCCGAUUAAUUGGUUUGGAGACAAAAUAAUCAAUAGUUGUGGUUGAUUCAAUACUUUACAUGGGGUAAAAUAAAAUAAACGGACACGUUCAAUGAAUUCCCGCCAAAUUCAAAACCGUUAAUAACCGUCACAUUCAUUCACCCAAAAAUAACCGUCACAUUCAAAAAAUAACCACCUCUGUCUGUGUUUCUCUCUAAGGAUUCUUCCUGCAAACCUCCGCAAUGAAUCAUGUCGGUGCUGCUGUCUCUCCUCUUCUUCCUCUUCACUGCGUUCAUUUCCUCCGAGCUGACAAGUUUACCCGGCGAUCACCGAGCAUUACUUUCAGCUGACCAAGGUCACGAUGUCAUCGAGACUGAUCAUAGGCUCUCGAAGGCCUUGAUCGGGGAUGAUGGCCGCGUCUAUGCAUGUUCUGGGAGGGACUUCUUCGCGUUUGAGGGUAAUGGCACCAUUGCUUGGACGGUGCACUUGAACUACACCUGCAAUGGCAAUAUUGCCCCAGUUCAUGGGGGCAGGGGAAAGAUAUACCUGGUAGCUGAAGAUCGAGUGUUGAAAAUUACUUUUCCGACUCUUGGAACUCCGGGCUCUGGUGCUGCAGAGGUGUUCUUUGGUCCGGACCCGGGUCAAGGCACACCAGGCGAAAUUGUUGGGAUCUCCGUGAGCACUUUGAGUUCGUCUUUGUACAUGAACAUUAAAAGGCGGGGACUUUUUGCUUAUACGAUGCAGGGACAACUUCUCUGGAGUGUCGGGCCUGUGCUUAAUCGAUUUGGUUAUCGCCAAGGCUGUAGAAAAAGCCCAGCAGAAUGUUACUAUAGUUCUGCCCCAGUCAUUGAUCAAUGCGAGGCUAGCAUAUAUAUAGCAAAUACAGAAGGGGAAUUGUAUUGUCUCUCGGCUCGGAAUCCUCAAUUUCUGUGGAUUCGUGACUUCAGCUCGCUCGACAAAGUCUUCACCAUCACAGCAGGAAACAACGGCCAUCUCUUUGUCACCAUACCAGUGAGGGCUCUUGUGCUGGCACUCGAUGUUUCUACAGGAAACAUUCUCUGGCAGCAAAGUGUAGGGCCAUUGAGUACUUCCGAGUAUGCACCAGUUGCUGAUUCUAAUGGCUAUGUAUCGAUCGGUUCAUUGGACGGGUGCCUCUAUUCGAUAUCACCAACUGGGACAGUCAAGAAGUUCCCAAAAUUGUCCCCGCCCAAAUCAGUCCUCCUAGUUAGCCCAAUUCCUGAUUGCUCAGGCUAUGCAGUCUACAUCUCUCAGACCGAGAUGGAGAAGAAGAUCAGCCGCACAAUGGGAGAGUACACAUAUAUCUCAGCACUGAGACCGAAAAGUGCAGUCUUCACGUUAUUGGUUCCGGCAACGGGGUCCAUUUACUGGUCAGAAACAUAUUCUGAUCAUGUUCCAUCCUCACUUACUGAAAGUGACCUACAUCGGUUUCUUCUCGAUGAGAGGAUCCUUCUUGCUUUCUUUGCCGCCUCAAAAACUGGGAAUCCUCUUCAAUGCCGUAGUAAACGGCAGAAGCUUGUUUCCAGCUGCUCACAGGCAACAUCGAAGCGUCUCAGUGUUUACACAGGUGAUGAGAGGAUGAUAAUCCUAUUCCUCGUAUUCGAAACUUUGAUCCUGAUCGUUCUAGCUGGACUAGUGAGAUUCUGCCAUAUAUUCUGGAGGAAGAAGAAGCUCCAGGGCGAAGGUCUCGGGAGUUUCCUAGAGAAACGAAGGUCUCUCCAGCUCACGAAGAAAGCUUUUGAUCGGACGAUUACCGAGCUCAAGCAGAAAGCAGGCGAAGAAGCAGUGAGCGACAAGGUGCUUCAAGAAAUAGGAGACCUUGUACAAGAAAGGGAGGCCGUACAGAGAAAGCUCUCAACAACCUAUAGCUUGGGUAGGGACCCCAAGCCCGUAUCGGGAUCGGAACGUUUGCUCCCCUUGCAAGGAAGCAAAAUGAAGAGCUAUUCGUUCCGAGAUGCAAGGAAAGAGAGCGUAACAACAAUAUUUCAUACGCUGAGCGAGACAUCUUCUGCGGAAAGCAGCAGCAGCGGUGGGAGUGAGAGGGGGGCGUGUUUCCGAGACAAGGGAAAGGCACCUUUUGAGGAAGAAGAAGACGAGAGUUCGAGCUCGGGUACUUUGGAACCCGAGACUACUAGAUCGACGGGCCUCACUGUAAACCUUCUAACACUGAAUGCAGGCUUAGAACCGAGGAGGGAAGAGGUGGCUGAUCCGAGGAACAACGAGAGGAAGAAUUUUUGGUUGAAGAGGAGGACCCUGUCUUCGACUAACUAGCCUGCAGCAUCAACCCGGUUAAAGCCGUCCCUGGCACCGAUCCGGCUAGAAAACAUUUCAUCGGAGUCCUCAAAACUUUGGAAUUCAGAGCUGGUUUUGAUUGGUCUGCACAGUGGCUCUCUUGCGAUUCUUGCUUCAAUCUACUCGGAGCAAACUGAUGAUAGGUCGUGCAAGUUAGUUAGUUACUGACAUGUAACGACUUAUUGUGGUGACAUAAACAAUCCUUCAUUGCUAGUGCUUUAUCCACGACGCAGCAAACCGCAACCAAAAUCGCCAUAUAUUUCCUCUAGGGGGAUGAUCCUUUAUUCAUUAUUAUUUUCAGAUAGUCGAUAACUUGUUCGCAUAAACAUACACAUUGUCAAUAUUCGAAUUAUGCUUUGAUGACUCAGCUAGAUUAGCAUAUACGAACAUAGACCUACAUAUGAUAAGAUUAAGGGUCAUCCCGAAAAGUAUCAUUUGAUAACCAAGUUCUUUCAGGCAUGAUUAUAGAUUAACUUUACGAACCA